GGGUAUUGUUGGGUAUUAUCCGAACACCGACGAACGGCCACACGCAAGCAGUGAAAAUCCCAAUGAAACGAGGAAUCCAAUAAGUUUUAGCCUCAAAGUGUUGCAACUGUUGGUGCAUUUAUCGAUUUAAAGAGACAGAAUAUCAUAACCCUUGACCGCAAAGCCAAAAAACCCAAAAACACCUGACUUUAAGCCAUCACAACACUUGAAUCAACGGCUGUGCAGCAGCAGGAAGAAGAGGAAGAGAGGUGCGUGGUGCGUAGUUAGUGCGAAAUUGCGUAUUAGAAAAGAAAACAACAACAAGCAGCUCUUCGCGGGCCACCAAACAUUUCGAACGAACAUUAGCCAGGGGAGAAGGAGCCGAUCCAACGCGUUGUCGCAUUCGCAGCGGGAGUACCGAAAACUGGUUACAUGGGUCCGACGGAUCAAGACUGGAUCGGCUGUGCGGUGUCUAUAGCCUGCGACGACGUCCUGGGCGUCUUCCAGGGCCUGAUCAAGCAGAUCUCUGCCGAGGAGAUCACCAUUGUACGGGCAUUCCGCAAUGGCGUGCCGCUGCGCAAGCAGAACGCCGAGGUGGUCCUCAAGUGCACGGACAUCCGCAGCAUUGAUCUCAUCGAGCCCGUAAAGCAAGAUCUGGAUGGGCACACGGCACCUCCGCCAGUGAUAAACAAGCCCACGCCCGUCAAGCUACCCCACUUCUCAAACAUCCUGGGCAAGCAGCAGCAACUCCAGCUUCAGCAGCAGCAGCAACAGAAACAGCAGUUUCAGGAGCAGGAACGAGAACAGGAUCUGCCAUCGACGCCGCGGUCACGGGCCAACGACAAUGGACGGGCACCGGUUGGGGGAGCUUCGAGUUCUUCGGGCUCACGUGGCAACUUCAACUCGGCGCUAAGCGAUAAGAUGCAUCAGCUGAAGCUUAUCGAGACCAACGGCUCAAAUGGCACCCGAAGAACACCGCAAACAUCCCGUGCGUCCAGUGCCCAGCAACAGCCGCAGAUGUCAACGACUCCAAACAGCGUGGCCGCCUUUUUUGGCAACAUGAUACCGCCGAAAGUUGAGGUAAAACUGGGCGCCUACGUGAGCGACACCCGGGAAAGUUACUGCAGCAGCAGCGGGGACAGUGGCGAGGCGACUGGCUUGUCGUUGGGCAGCAGCAAACCCAUAGAUAUCGUCAGCAACGGAGAUGGCUUUUACAAGCAGACCGCAGCCUCCAGCUAUGGGAAUGCAAAUGGAAAUGGAAGAAGGAAUGGCAACGCCAAUAACAAUGGAAAUGGCAACGGAAAUGGUUCUUAUACCAAUGGAAAUGGGAACGGCAACGGAAAGAACAAGCGGAACAGGGUGCGAAGGGAGAGCAGCAUGCGGCAGCAACAGGUGCAGCAGACUUUUGGCGGAGAGGCGGACGAUCCACUGAUCCAUGAGGAUUUCGAUUUCGAGGGCAAUCUGGCGCUGUUCGACAAGCAGGCAAUUUGGGACGACAUUGAGUCGACGACCCAAAAACCAGAUGUGGUGCGUCACAUAGUGAACAGUCAUCAUCAUAAGCCAGAACAGAAGUACCGGCACGAUGAGAACAUUCUGGCCAGCAAACCACUGCAAUUGCGCCAGAUCGAAAGCAUGUUCGACGGCAGCCAGGACUUUGUGACAGACGACGGUCUCAUUAUACCGACGAUUCCGGCUUACGUUCGUAAUAAAAUCGAGAUAUGUGCCGAUAAGGCGGGCCUCUCCCUGCAGAGGCAGAUCGACAUUUUGGCGCGCGGGGCCAGUGAUCUGGCCAUUACACUGCUGGGCGGUGCCAGACGAUUGACGCCGGCCAAUAACCAUCAGUGGCCAAAGAUUGUCAUCAUCUGUGAUGGCGUCAAAAAUAUGAGAACAAUUAACAUUGGAGCAGCCACAGGUCGCCAGCUGGCUUCGCAUGGGCUUACUGUCCUUCUGUACGUGGAGCAGGCCAAACUACUGGAGCAGCACAGCAGCAGCGCUGAGAUUUCCCUGUUUAAGGCAACCGACAAUGUCAUAGUUUACACAGUAGACGCCUUACCCACGCCAGAUCUUGUGAUAUUAUCAACUAACACCGCUAAUUUAUCCGAUGCGAUCAAGAAAUGGCUCAGUGUAAAUCGCGCGUCGGUGCUUGCCGUAGACCCGCCGCCGUGUGGCAUUAAUGAGGUGGCUAUCAAGUACUCAAUACUACCCAUACUACCAUUAAAUGGCAUAUCAACCGCAACAUCAUCAUCCUCUUCGGCUGCCGCCACACCAACGCCCAUUGCUAGCACUUCGGCAGCAGCAGCGGCAACCAAAUCAGCAGCAGCAACAUCAACGAACAAUUGUGGCAAAUUGUAUUUAUGUAAUCUAGGUAUACCGGAUAAAUUCUAUCGUGAUUGUGGCAUUAAGUACAAAAGUCCGUAUGGACAUAAAUAUGUGAUACCGAUUCACUCAAAGGACUGAAACAACGACAACACAAACACCAACAUUUACAACAGCAAUCAAACAAACUGCAGCAUCAGCAACAACUGCAAUCCAUUAAAACAAAAAUAAGCACACACAAGAAAAACAAUAACAAUGACACACCCGCACACUUGUGAUGAUCAUCAAGUCCAGUUUCCUGUGAAUCUAGCUCUUAGUAGUCUUCUCUCAUAUAUUACUCAAGUUAAACAUUUUGUUCUACGGCGCGUACACAUAUAGUUUUUAGGUUACUUCACGCAUCAUCCCUUUAGAUACGCCUAGUUAUUAUACCUAUAUUUUCUAAAUUAAUUAAAAAAAAGCUGCCCCGGCCAAGUGCCAAACUAUGAUUAGUUCCCAAUUGUACUCUAUAGAUUUUUUUAUUUUCAUUUUUAGCAACGACACUUCUUGUACAGCCCUCUGUUUUGAAAGCUAGUCCAGCAUUUACAAGUUUAUAAAGCUUUAGUUUAGGCACACGCUGUAAGGAAUUUUUCAAACAUUCAAUCCCAAAUUUCCUAAGGCUUUAGUUUAAUUUACAUUCACUGUCCUUCCUGCAAGUGGUCUUCAUAAACGUAAACAACAAAUCAGGCGAUAAAUUGUUUGUAAAUAACUAUACAAUUCUAUGGGGAAAGAUAAGAUCAUGUUAAUUAUUAUCAAGUAUGCGCAAUAAAUGCCAAAUUCAAUGUCUAAUUUUAAGCAUAAAAUCAACAGCAAAAGCAACAACUAUUGUACGAUGUAAUAUGGAAUACAAAUCCAAGUAUAAAUCAAAUCAGAUAGUUAAGUUAGUUUCGUAAGCAUACAGUGUUUAAACAUUUAACAGACCAUAACAAACAAACAAAACAAAACUUAUAAAAUGAGAAACACUUUAUAUUAUGUAUAGAAGUAAUUAAGAUGUGUCUUUAAGCAAAACUAAACAAAGUCGAGAGCAUAAUUUUUUACCCAUCGAAUACUAAAAAGAAACCACAACACAAUACUUAUACUAUAAACCGUAGAACGAUGAAUUUUAUAUAAGUUUAAAUCCAAUCAAAUAGUGCAAAAUUUUAGAAGGUUGCGACUCAGCAAGGCAACCAAAAACUCAAAACAAACAACCCAAAUUGAAACUACUUGUUGUAUAAAUAAUAACUAUAAUUGUAAUUGUAAACUCCAAUCAUGUUGAUGAUCAUCUGCAAAUUCAAUUUCCAAACCCAUCAAAUUAUAUUGUAAAAGAGAGUUGAAUGCGGAUCAAUCGGCCGCCAGGCGGAUCCCGCAGUGACUGUUUUGCGUUAGGAGUAGAAAUGAUGACCAGACCUUAAAGGGAUGUUGGUGGUGAGAGCGGAUGAGAAGGUUUUUCCAAUACCACAGUAACAACAGAUUUCACAGCCAAACGAAUUAGCACCAAUACAAGGAGAAACCACAAACAACCAGAUUUUGGUAACGCUUUAAAAUUGUAAAAACAUCUAUUUUUGGGCCAAUUGAAAUUGUUAAACAAGGAAUGAAAACCUAAUUUUAAAUUUAUACUUAAAAGACAAAAUUGUACGGAAAUUCUUUUUUGGAACAAGAAAUCAGGCAUAAAAAACGGAUAAAAAAGAGAGUCCUUUCCAACGUAACAGCAAUAUUAAAAAAUACAAAACAACACCGAGAAGCCUUCUCAUGGAAGAAAACAAA